AGGCAUCCAUCUUUGAUUUCCGACUCUAAUUUAUAAAAUUCCAAGGUGCCCGAAAUGUGAGCUAUGCUCAAAGUCCUACUCACCCUGAUGUUGUCGACAAACUUUCGGAAUACAUGCGCACGAUUUCAAAUAAAACCAAACGUUCAUUAUCUCGGUGAGACCCAUUGGCAACUAUUCAAUGAAUGCAGCCAAGGCAUGUUACAGUCAUUUCUAGGCUCCCUGAACACAAGGGGAUAUCCGGACAAACAUUGUCUAACCGAUUGGAAUGUGGUUGGAGAAUGGGAUGGAAAGUUUCGGUUACAACAUGCACAGUCGAGAAAGUUUUUGUGCUUUAACAAAAGAGCAAGGAUAACUUUGAGGUUUAAUGGAAGCGACGCCAAAUGCACAUUUAUUGAAGAAGUUCGGGAUAAUGGGUUUUCUCGAUUACGGUCUUCAUGGAAACCCGAACUUUAUUUAGGCUUCAACGGUCGUGGUAGAUUUCAAAAUCCUUUAUCCUAUCAUUUAAAGCCAAGAUGUUUUGACUGGAUCAAGCUUGUCCGUUAUGUUGCAGAAUCCGAGAAAAGCGUCUGCUCAACUCCCCCAAAACCAAAAUUAUCACCCUCCCCACUUGAGCACUCGUCAUUUGUCCAUCAUGCAGUUCGUUCAAAUUUUUUGAAAAAAGUAUCUGCCACACAUGAUAGUUUGUAUCGUACAAUGAAAUCCAGAAAAUCAUAAGAUAAUUGCAUGAAUAUAUCAUUGUUCCAGAUAAUUCCGAAUGUUUGUAUAUGUACCAUUAUAGAAUAUGUAAACCGUCAAAAUUAUCGAAUAAUAAAAUGUUUAAGUUUGAAAAUUUUUUCGGCAUUUGUGUGUUUUAAUGAAGUUUACGUUUUU